CCAGUUCGACAACAAAGUCGGAGUUCGCGUUCGUGUCUUAAAUAUUUUGUUUCAAUUGAAAUCAAGUGUGAAAUCUUAGUAAUGAAGCCUGUGAUCUGUAUUCUGGCUCUAGCCCUCGCCUCCGCCAAUGCCGGCCUUUUGCCACACCAUGGUCAUGACGCGCAUAUUGUUGAAGGCGCCCACCACGUCGACAUUCCACAUGGCAGUGGCAUCCACCUCGGCCACUCAUCGUCCAUUGUUAUCGAUGCUAGCGGCGAUUCGCACCACAUCGAUGCGCAUCCUGUCUACCACCACGAUGACCAUCAUGCUCAUGUCGACGUGCAUCCUGUCGUGCAUGAUGUGCAUCAUGAUGUGCACCAUACCGCCGCUGCCGCAAAGAUUGUUCAUCACGAACCCAUUCACCAUGUAGAGCCAGUGCAUCACGUGACCAAAGUUGUGCACCAUGAACCCCAUCAUUUCCUGCACUACGUCAAGCCCGUGAUUGAUCAUCAUGUCAUCCACCAGGACAACCAUCAUGACGAGCACUUGCAUGCGCACGAUCUGCAUCACGCCGAAGCAUAUCACGCUCCUCUUCUGCACCAUCACGAGCACUUGGCCCACCAUGCCCAUAUUGUCGAUCACAGUCACCAUCAUGCUGCUCUGGUGCACACCGUACCUGCCCACGUCCACCACCACACGCAUGCUGCUGUUGUGCACAAACUCUACCCAGGAGAUGCGCAUCAUGGUAACCUUCUUGCCUUCGCGCGCCACGCCCUUCAUGGCAAAUACGGCAAAGUUAAGAUCACCGAGAAACAUUACUAAUCGAUUUCAUAAUGAAACUUCAAUUUACAAAAACAACUCACUAUAACUCAUAUAAAUAGUAACUCAACGCGAACCUACUAUGAAGGAAACGAAUCAACCCUUAGCUAAUUUAUUAAACGAAUUCAAGUGCCAACACAUACACACACGCAUCCAUUUAUAAAAUAUGCAAACACGCACUCAUAUAUUCGGUAAUAUUCAUCUGAUAUUCACAAUUAAAAUUAUCAUCAUUUGUUAGCCUAGGACGGCAAUAUGAAAAAUUAAUUUAAGAUUUUUCAUUGCCUUUUCCAUUGAAAGACAACUCAACUUCAUUCUCAAUCGAGUAGAGUGCUCCUGAUUUAAGAGAGGAUUUCACUCGAAUUCAAUAUCGCUUUGUACAAAACUCACUAAGAAACUUAAAUAAAAAAUUCUAAAAUUUACGAAAGUGCA